AAAGAUUUUGAAGACGAGAAUUAGAUGCCAAAAUUAGGAAUAAUGUUAUUGGAAUAAAAAAAAUAGUAAAACAUAAUGGGGACGACGAAACUUAGGAGAAGACAAAGUUAUGUUUUAUUACUAACCAAUGCUAUUUUUGUCUUUCCCAAUUUUUAUCUUCUUAUUUUUUAUUUUUAAAUUAAGUGCUUGCUAGUUUUGUUUUUCUAAUUUUUAUUUCGCAAUUGUCGUUUUCUGACAACCUGAUCAAGGAUCUUGUUCCAGCCAGUGCACUAGAUGCCGACUCCCGUCUCGUGUUGGUCAAUGCGAUGCAUUUUAAGGCCAAGUGGGUGCAGCCAUUUAAGCAGCAUGGAAAACGCAAUGAGAGUUUCUACUUGAACGAGCUGGAUGGCAUUGAUGUGCCCAUGAUGAACUUACAAGAAUCUUUCCGUUACGCUGAUCUGCCCAGUCUGGAUGCCUCUGCUUUAGAAUUACCCUUCGCGAACUCGGACUUCUCCAUGUUGAUAGUGCUGCCCAGGAGCAAGACUGUACUGCCCCAGUUGGAGGAUCAGCUGAGCAGAACCUCGCUCGAACAGAUCACGGAGCAGCUGCACGAGAUUCUAGAGGAUGUUAAGUUGCCCACGUUCAAGGCCGAAUUUGAAGUGGAGCUGACAGAGGCUUUUAAGCAGCUUGGCAUGACUCACUUGUUCUCGAAUCAAGCCGAAUCAAGAGUCCCGAGGAUGUCGGCUUAAGAGUGUCGAAUAUAAUUCACAAGUCUUUCAAAAAUGUAGUUGAGUUGGGCACUGAGGCAGCUGCAGCGACCACAAUACUCUUCAU